AGCAGUUUGGCACUGUAUGCGGAAAGAGAAUGAACGGAUUGCUCUUUAUUUACGUUUAUUUCAUUGCCGGCUUACAGGCUGACUUACUGUCGAAAACUUUAUUGGACCCUUAUAAGAUAACUGAUGAAGAAUCUAGGUCACUGAAAGAAGAGAAUUCAGAGGUUCGUGGUGGCUUUGAAGACCAAUCGGGUUGUAUCACAAAGGAGUGUUCAAUUGGUCACGAAUGCCGUCUUGACGACUUUGGAAAACCAUUUUGCGCAUGCGCUGAAUCUUGUCCUAACGAUGAUCCCAAUGCCUUUAUUUGUACGAACCAGAAUAUAAGCCUACCCAGUGAGUGCGAACUGCACCGCAUACGUUGUAUGUGUAAGAAAAGAAUGCCGCAGUGUGCUGACCAAAGCUUUAGUCAUAUCCAUCUUGAUUAUUAUGGUCCAUGUAGGCAGGUACAAGAGUGCUCAGAAGAGGACCUAUCUCAAUUUCCUAAGCGCUUAAAAGAAUGGUUCGAAGAUGUCGCCGACUUUUUAGAGACAGACGGGCGAUUAACUUACAGACAAGCUAAAAAAACUUCAGCAGCUAUUUGGAAGUUUUGCGAUCUCGACUUAUCAAAAGAUAGGAUAUUGUCCCAUCGCGAAAUGCGCCCACUUAUCACCUCCCUAAAAGGCUUCGAGAGCUGUAUCAAGCCAUUUCUGCACCAGUGCGAUGAUGACUCCGACGACGAGAUCACUCUAGAGGAAUGGACAACGUGCCUUGGCAUCGACUCAGAUAACGUUGAGGACUUGUGCGGCCAACUUUCUGCGGACGAAGACACAGCACAAGAAACAAAAUAA